CGGGUCUUUAUGUUUUCAUUUCAGUUUCAUUUUUCUUCAGUCAGUAAUAUUUAUUUUAGGAACAAGCUGCUUGCUCUGUUGCAAGUAUAGGCCUAUGUCAGUUGGCCUACACAAUACAUUCAAGUUCUAUUGAUGGUAGAAGAUAAUUGUCUAUGAAUACAGGAAAGGUACCCAUUUCAUUCAGUAAACAGAGCUUCACAUUUUAUUAUGGCCACAAAAAAAAGAAACCCAUCUUCAGCAAGAUAUUUUAAAACAUCAUCAAUAAAGGAAGAAAAUGGAUUACAGUUCACUCGCAGACUUUUUGUAAUGCGUCAUGGGGAACGCUGUGAUUUUGCUUUUGGGAAACAGUGGGUAGCAAGGAGCUUUGAUGAAAAAGGUAACUACACCCAAGCUGAUUUGAAUCUACCAGUUUCAUUGAUUCCACGAGAUUCACAGAAUGACUUUCUUAAAGACAGCCCACUUACAGAAUUGGGAAUGUUUCAAGCUCGAUCUACAGGGCAAGCUUUGAGGCGGGCAGAUGUUGAUAUCAAGCAUGUUUAUUCAUCACCUUCUUUUCGGUGUGUUCAAACUGCCCAAAAUGUCAUAGAUGGUAUGCAAAGCAAUGCCAAAAUUUGUAUCGAGCCAUCUGCAUUUGAAUGGUGUGGCUGGUACAAGAAUGGCAUGCCAAGUUGGCUUUCUCCUGCAUAUUUGUCCAGCCAUGGGUACAGAGUUAAUGCUGAACACAAGCCAUUAAUGGAAGCCAAAGACUUGAAGCAUGAUGAAACUGUGCCUGAAUAUUAUGACAGAUGCCAUAAGCUUGUGCAACACAUUCUCAAGCUGCAUGAGGAAGAUGGUGGUGACAUCUUGAUCGUGGCCCACGCUGGGAGCCUGGAUACGUUCACCCGUCAACUGUGUGGUAAGAAGAUCAGAACGUCACAGGAGAUGCACCAGAUACUGUGUAACUUCACCUACUGCUGCCUCUGCUGCCUGGCCUACUAUACAAAACCUGGCAAAUGGCUUUUAACCAACCCACCCAUCCCGACUCUACAAGAGUUUGAUUGGAAGGUUUUGUUAUGAUACUUGAUGUGUUAGAUUAAACCACAUUAUUAUGCCACAAAUUGUAGUAAGAUUAAAUAAUGUUAUUUAAAAUUAAAACAUUAUGGAAUUUAAAAACGCCUAUACAAAAUGUUUAAGAUUGGCAAAGUACUUAAUUAAUGUUUGGCAUAUGAAUACCAUCUUCAAAUAUUCUGUGUUUUUUAAAUGAAGCUGUAAAAAAACCAAACAACAUUUUUUUAGAUUUUUUUUGUUUUAAAAAUGUAUUAAAAAAAUCAGGCAUAUAUUAAGUUUUUACCUUAUAUGAAAAGAGAUAAGUGAUCAAGUAAAAUCAUAAUUGAAAUGCUGCUUUUUGUUAAUUAUCUGUUUUAUCUAAAACGUGUAACAUUUAAAAUUGGUAACAAGCCAACUAAUUUAUUUUUUUGUAUUAAAAAACUUUAAUUCCACCUAAUUUAAAAUAAAAACUAGAUAACCCAUUUAAAAAGUAAUACCACUGCAAUGAUUUUAUACCAUGCGGACGUGAUCCCACGCUGUUGUGUGAGCUCACCAAUUGUUUACAGGGCUUGUUGAGAGCAUUUAUCUCUUUGAGCAGCUGUGAUAUCUACUCUAUACAUUCCAAAGUUUUACUCACCUACUUUUAUAUGCUUCUCUGUGAUCUUAUUCUGUUGAAAAUUUUAAAUUACAAGCUCAGCACUGCAUCUGAAGCAAAUUCUUCAUCUUUACUGUUUUUUUGAUGGGGGUCAGACCCUUGAUAUUGCAACCUUCCUUCAAAUUAUUUUAAAAAAUAUGGCAUGGGGUACCCCUCACCACUGUAGGAUUAUUUAGAUUUAGGCUGGUGAACAAUUUGUAGGGUGUGCCUUAGUUUACUAAAUCAUCAAUGAUUUUAAAGAUGAAACUUUUUUAUCAAUAAUAAACAUCCACAAAGUAUUACCCAGUAUAUUUUGGUUAGAAAACCUGGGUAUGUUAAACAUCUUUUUCCUCUGUGAAAUGAUUUUAAAGUGACAUAUUUGUAACACUUUGUAGACCACUGUGAUAUAUUUUAUAUUUGUCAAAGUACUUUACAAUUUGGGGGAAUUUGCUCUUCGUUAAUAAUUUUUAAGUUUAGAAGUCAUUCUCUAUGCCAUCUUGAUCCAAAGCAUACAUAUAUAUUUUUCUUUGCUUUGUUCAAGUAAACUUGUUAUAUGCAUUAAAUGAAUGUAUUAAAAAUGCUUGUUAGUUCUCUAGUAACAGAUGGAUAAUUUAUUUUAUUUUGGUGUCAAGGGAAUAUAUUACAUUUAUUUAAUUGGUAGAUUAAUUUGACACUUCAGCAAUAUUAGCUUUAGAUGUAGCAGAUCCUUUGCAUCUGAAAUUUCUAUGAUACAUUCAUAAAUGAUUGUGUAAAAUAUAGGUGGGAAAUAAAAACAUCAACUUGAAAGUAAACUUCUACUUCUAAAUUAAGGUUUAAUGACUUGAAAGUUUUAUUACUUAUUUACUUGAAUUCAACUUAGUUGUA